CAACGCCCGGUAGAGUUAGGUUAAUGGCGCUGGUGAAAUUUUGGCAGUGAAAGUCGGGGUACAAGUUUCUUACAGUUAAAAUGAGUUGAUCGUUGUGUGAUGUAGAAAGGAAUGAAGGGCGUUCGUAAUAUAAUAUGCCCACAUCUCUUCAUUGCCCAAUGAAGAAAGAUGGAAUUCGAAUGUGUAAAAUGUUUACCGACAGCUGGACCCAUCAACGUUCAAUGAGCGCUUUAGUCGACAUUGGGAAGUGAGAAAAGUGAGUGAAGAAAUUUAGGGAUAGUAUUGUAACCCUAUAAUGAAUGUGUUACACAAAGUGGUGUGCCUGAAAUUAAACUGACGUAGAAGUCACUUGAGACUGCUUUUCAAAUGAGCUGUGAACUCAAUACUGGUGGUGGACCCGGAUCCAGCCGUAGUUCCAGUGGUAUCCAAAUAGGCUCUGCUUGGUUUCAGAGAAGAAUCAACCUCAGGCCUCAGCAUCGUGGGGUCCACUUAGUCACAGAGGAGGUGCUGCGACUCAUACCUGAGAUCUCACAAUUUUCUGUGGGGCUCGCUCACUUUCAAAUACUUCACACAUCAGCUAGUUUAGCAUUGAAUGAAAGUUGGGAUCCAGAUGUCAGGGAUGAUAUGGAAAUGAUGUUGAAUCGAAUCAUCCCUGAGGGCUUGCCAUACAGGCACUCGUGCGAAGGUCCGGACGAUAUGCCCGCCCACGUCAAAGCUUGCUUCCUGGGAUCGUCGUUGACCUUGCCGAUCAGCGACGGCCGUUUGGCGUUGGGUACCUGGCAGGGCAUCUGGUUGUGUGAGCAUCGAAACCAGGCCGGAUCGCGAAAGCUGAUGGUCACCUUGCAGGGAUGUCUCCGACCCGACGACCGACACCUGGGCUCCUCUGGUGGGAUGCGGAACUCGCGCAGUCCAGCUCAUCCAGGCGCGGAUUCACCUCUGGCCUCCACAUCUAGCUAACCUUCUCUGGCUUAAAAAAAAAAAAAAAAAAAAAAAAACACACACACAUGAGUGAUCCACACGCAGCAUUCGCCUAUCCCCUCCAAUCUCUCGCUCUCUCUUAACUCUUCUCUCUUCUAAAUAAUAAUUCGUACACCCAGUUCCCAGUUUGAUUCACUCUCCUUCUCUCUUUAGCUCUCAUUCAAUCCAACACGCAUCCAACCCUCUGCAAGUCUGCACAGACUUCGACAGGUUGACUCGGUCUCUCUUACUCUCCCAAUUUCUUCUUCCCUUUUUUUUUCCCUUUGCUUUCUUUCUUCACUCUUGUUAGUCAAUUUGAUUGAAACGGGAUCCCGGAAGGAGUUAGGACUCACCAGACAGUGAAAUGGGAGAAAGGGGGGGCUGCUCCUAUGACGAAAAUUUCCUGAACAAACAAACACACAAAAUAAAAGAAACCAAUACUUGAGAGCCGCUGGACGGAAUGGUCUCUUUCGCUGCCCUUUAGUAUACAAGAAAAAAAUGUAGUUUUCCGAGCAACAUUAUUUUUUUUUUUAACAUCUAGUAGUCGCUCCCCCUUUUUUUCUGGGUUGUUUUGUUUCUCCUUUUAUUCGUUGGGUUGGCUAUUGCUCGUCACUAUGCAGCGUUUCCCGACUGUGGGAAACGGACGGUCUUGGUUUUCCGUCAAAUAAGAUUUCGAAUAAAAAACAAGAUGAUAUAUCAUCGGAAACAUACAUACACACACUUCCGAAACGAAAUAGAAUCACACAAUAAAAAAGUUUAAAAAAAAAAAAAAAAAAAAAUCGCCCAGAAAAACACAUGGCAUAGACUUUGAAAAGAAAAAUCCUUGGUAGAAUAGCAGCCCAAAGCAGAAAGAUUCAAUAGAGCGCCUAGUCUUUUUUUUUUUGGGUGGGUCUGUGCGCUAGAGGAAAACAACUACAAAAAGGGUAUAUUGUUUUGUUUUUCCUUUAGUUCGCCUUUUUAUUUUUUUAUUAUUAUUCCGGCGUGUGUGCUGCUCCACUUUCUACCCACCAAAGUCCAUUAGCAUUUCUCCCUCCGCAGAAUGAAUGGUGGUGUUAUUCUUCCGUUUUUUUUUUUCUCUCUCUCUCCCUUGGUCCUUUCCCACCAGCGUCACCUACUCUAUUCUCUCCCGCCACUCUCGUUUCAUCGUGACAUCCUCCUUUUCCCUACAAUCAUUUUUGCUCACUUGCAAUAACUUUCAACUCCCCACUUAUCUCUCUCUCCCCCCUUCUCCCCGGUGUUACGGGUCGUUCACACAUACACACAAAGCGAACUGGAGACUACUCCUUCAUUCCACAAUAUAGCGAAAUGUUUUCAGAACCUUAUCCACCAAGCCAUUGAUUCUCUUCACUCGAGUGCUCACCUUUCGAAAAAAUAGCAGAAGGACAAGAAAGAAACAAAAAGAAAAAAAAUCAACAGAUCCAAGUAAUUCCCACCUAUUUACUUGUUCAUUUUGGUAUAAACGUUCUCCGACACACACACAACGAUCUAAUUACUUUCUUUUUUCGUUUUCUUGCAAUUCAUUAGGUUUAAAUCUCUCUCCUCCGAAACCACCCUUCAUUUUCUUUCCAUUUCGCUCUUUAUAGUCGUAGUUCAUUAUUUCAUUUCCAAUUGAUUUGGUUUUUUGGAAGUUAUUCCUCUUCCGUCUCGAUCGUGUGCUCUUGAAUGGCUCGGUAGCUUUCCACCUCCCUUGUAUCGAGAAUGGGGGGUUUCAAAAAAAAAGACAAAAAAAGAAACUUGCAGCGACUAAACGAGACGAAAAGGAAUGUGUGUGUCGUCGUUAUUUGAUUGAAUCCACGUAGAGACACGCGAAAGAGCCCUAGAAAGGUCACAAAAGAAAGUCAUGCUCUUGUCUGUGUGUUUGUGUGUGUGUGUGUGUAUGUUUGUAGAAAGAGAGAGAGAGAGAAGGGGAGAAAGAGGCGAGAAGCGAAAAGAGAGUUACGAAUUUUUGAUGAUGUCUUUAUAUAGUUUUGUUGAAACUUUCUCAUGUAGAAAUAGUAUGUUUUCUUUCUUCGUCUUUCCAACUGUGUGUGUGUGCGAGACGAUUUAGAGCUACUGGAAAGAGCUGAUGCAUUUUUUGGUUUUGUUUCUUUGAUUUUGUGUUCCACCUUUUUCGAUGAUUUGUAAUUCAGAAUUAGAAUAUUUCGAUUUUUGGAUGGAAGUGGCAGAUUGAGACAUACACACACCACACAUCGUUAGUGGCUGUUGAUAGUGUAAACUAAACUUAAAAAAAAAACACUGAUGUUUCUGUUGGAAUAGUUUCUUUCAUCCUUAUUUGUUUUUGUUUUUUUAUUAUUAUUAUUACAAUAAUACUCUAGUUCUUUCCUCUUUUUUGGGGUGGGUUGAAUUGCUCCUUUCUUCUUGUCCCGCCCACGGCCCUCUCUAUUCAUCUAUUUUGUCCACCCACAAUAAACAUAAAGCCCUCCUA